CCUGUAGUCGCUGCGUGCGCCGCCGGUGGAGUGUAGUGUGAGUGUUGCUUCUUAAAACUGCACGUUUAUAAUCCGUUUAUACACAACGUUGCCCACUAAACGUCCAUUAUGGGUAAGAAAGAGGAAGAAGACAUCAUCAGGAUCGCAAAGAAGAUGGAUAAAAUGGCACAAAAGAAGAAUGGGGUUGGUGCGCUGGAUCUUCUAAAAGAACUAAAGAAUAUACCCAUGACCCUGGAGCUUCUACAGUCAACAAGGAUCGGGAUGUCUGUCAAUGCCAUCCGCAAGCAGAGCACAGAUGACGAAGUAACCUCGCUGGCCAAGUCUUUAAUCAAGUCUUGGAAAAAGUUGUUGGAUGAACCUGCUGGAGAAAAGAACUCGGAGGAGAAAAAGAAGGAACGCACUCCACCAAUGGUGUCACCGUCAGAGGCCAGCCCAGAGCCCAGAGAGGAGAGCUCGUGCAGUAAUUCCAGCAAUAGGAGCGAAUCUGUUGAUGUUGCAGCCAACACGCUGAUAGCCACUUUCCCAAGAGCACCAACCACAUCUGACUCAGUCCGAAUCAAGUGCAGGGAGAUGCUGUCAAGUGCUUUACAAACAGGGGAUGAUUUCAUUGCCAUUGGGUCUGACUGUGAUGAACUUGGAGCUCAGAUUGAAGAAUGCAUAUUUGUGGAAUUCAAAAAUACCGACAUGAAAUACAAAAAUCGCGUACGAAGCCGAAUCUCCAAUCUCAAAGAUGCAAAGAAUCCCAACCUAAGAAGGAAUGUGCUAUGUGGAAAUGUUAGCCCGGAACGCAUUGCAAAAAUGACAGCAGAGGAAAUGGCAAGUGAUGAGUUGAAGGAGAUGCGUAAGAAUCUGACCAAAGAGGCCAUCAGGGACCACCAGGUGUCCACAUCUGGGGGCACCCAAACUGACCUGUUCACUUGUGGGAAGUGUAAAAAGAAGAGAUGUACUUACACCCAGGUUCAAACGCGGAGUGCUGAUGAACCGAUGACAACGUUUGUCUUCUGCAAUGAAUGUGGAAAUAGGUGGAAGUUCUGCUGAAGUUGGAGCAUCAUUCUCUGUUUAGAGAGGUAGCUAAAUUUCUGGACCAUGUUUUUGUAUCAUUGACGAAUAGGAACCUUGCAUUCAACGGCGCACCUGAUGUACAAAGGCCGCAAUAGAUACUUUGACUGUUUGUUUUAUUACAACGGCCCACAACUCAUGUCCUGUGUUUUAACUUGAAGUAUAGUUAGGCCGUAGGCCUCUGGACUAUUAUCAAUGUUUGUUUUAUCAUCACUUUUUAUACGUAGGUAAACAUUUUGACAACGUUCAUGUUUAGAUAGUUUUGACUAGUUUAAGUCCAAAGCAAAAUUAUUUUAAUUUGUCAUAAUUUGCCCAAUACUUGUAAUGUUUUACUGUAUGUUUGGUUUUGUUAACGGCUCAAAUAUUUUUAACCUGAUUCAUUUAGAAGAUGCUUUGAGUCUCUUUUUGUCACUCUGAAUUAUACAUAUUUAUAUGCAUGAUCUACAGAUUUUUACUGUGUACAUGGCUUACUUUCAGGAGUAAAAUGUUUUAAAGAUUGA